AUGAGCGCAAUCCUCUCCGCCGACGACCUCAACGACUUCAUAUCGCCCGGCGUCGCGUGCAUAAAGCCAAUCGAGACGCUGCCGGCGAAGCCAGCGGCCAGCUCGAACCCGUACGAAGUCACCACCGAAGAGAAGGCGGCCGCCGCCGAGCCGCCGCCGCCUGCGCAGAUAUCGCUGACCGACUGCCUCGCGUGCUCGGGAUGCGUCACGAGUGCUGAGGCGGUGCUGGUCCAGCUGCAGUCGCACAACGAGGUCCUGUCGACGCUGGACACGUACAAGUCGCUGGACACACCGUGGCUGGCCCCGGGCACGACGAACAGAGCGACGAACGGGCACACACAUGUGGACGGCUGCAAUGGCCAUGAUGCCGAGGGCAGGCUGUUUGUCGCGAGCGUGUCGCCCCAGGCGCGCGCGAGUCUGGCGGCCGUCUUCAAUGUGAGCGCGCAAGAAGCCGGCAACAUGAUCACACAGCUCCUGAGCGGGCCGUCUGGCGUCGCGGCCGGCGGACACCAGGGGAGCGCCUUCACUUGGGUCAUCGACACGGACGUCGUACGCGAGGCGUGUCUGGUCGCCGCCGCAGACGAAGUCGCCGCCGCCGCCGCCGCCGCCGCCGCCUCGCCCGCGACGUCCGACACAGGCGCAAAGCCCGGCAGCGAAGGCGCCAUCGACUCCACGCCAAAGGGCCCCAUCCUCACCUCGGCGUGUCCCGGCUGGAUCUGCUACGCCGAGAAGACACACGCCUACGUCCUGCCGCAUCUCUCGCGCCUCAAGUCUCCGCAGGCGCUGGCCGGCACCCUCGUCAAGUCGGUCCUCAGCCAGCGCUACAACGUGUCGCCCGCGCACAUCUGGCACCUCGCCAUCAUGCCCUGCUUCGACAAGAAGCUCGAGGCCAGCCGCAGCGAGCUCGCCUCGUCCGCCUGGCUCCCCGCCCACGACCCCGCGGCCCCCGUCCGCGACGUCGACUGCGUCAUCACCGCGCGCGAGCUGCUCUCGCUCGCCUCUGCCCGCAAUAUCUCCUUCUCGUCGCUGCCACGCACGCCCCUCGCCCACCGCACGCCCUUCCCCGACCCAACCCUCGACGCCUUCCUCUUCCCGCGCGCGGGCGCGCGGCGCAAGACCCAGCCCCGCGACGCCGGCUCUUCGGGCGGCUACCUCUACCACAUCCUGCGCACCUACCAGACCGCCCACCCCGGGUCGACCAUCUCGGUGAGCCGCGGCCGCAACGCCGACGUCGUCGAGUACUCGCUCACCCGCGGGCCGGAGACCAUCAUACGGAUGGCGCGCUUCUACGGGUUCCGCAACAUCCAGAACCUGGUCCGCCGCCUCAAGCCCGCGAGAGCGAGCCGCCUGCCCGGCGCCAAGACGGGCGCUGUGCGACGCCCGCCUGGAGCAAAGGCCGUCGAGACCAAGGACUAUGCCUACGUCGAGGUCAUGGCGUGUCCGGGCGGCUGCACCAACGGCGGCGGCCAGGUCAAGGUCACCGAGGUGGACGACAUUAGGCGGCUGGAGAGUCGGCGCGUACAGCCCGAGGUUGAGCAGACGCCCGUCGUCCGGCCGGGCCCGGCGGAGCAGAAAGAAUGGCUGGCGAGGGUCGAUGAGGCGUACUUUUCUGCCUCGGACGCCGAAGACGUCGACGGAGACGCAGACGCAGACGUCACGCAGCACUCGGACGUUCAUGUCGAUGCAGACGUGGUCAACGGCAUCGACAGGACGCACGUCAAGCGCGUCGUCGCCCAUUGGUCGGAAAUCACAGGCGUCCAUGUCCAGCGCCUGCUGUACACGAGCUACAGGAAGGUCGAGAGCGACGUGGGCAAGCCGAAGAGUGACGUGGAGAGAGUCGCUGGCCUGGCCGUUACUGUUGGCGGGGGGUGGUAG